AUGCCUGAGAUCACCUCUCUGGUCGCGACAGCAGGAACAACCUCCUCCCUGUUCCUUUCUGGUAGAGGAGCUCUCUUGUCAUUGAAAUGGACCUUAUGGUGUGUGGCUCUUGGGUCGAUUCAAAUGCAAAUUCAGGCCAAAAUACAGGAGCCAUCUUCGCAUUCUUUCUCAGGUGGCGGCGUCAACACCUCGAAAUUAGCCACAAAGACCUCUUCAGUUAUAGCCGUGCAGCAAUGGCUAAACAUCUUCAACAGAUACCAUAAAAUUGACACGCCUAUGGUAAUCUUCUCGGCAGGAUGUUUUGCGUGGUUGAAGUAUGAGACAAACAAUUACAUUUUUCUUGCCGCCGCCGCUUUGUGUAUGUGCAUUGUGCCCUACACCAGUCUCUUCCUCAGCGGACCUGAGAGGAUUCUUUUCCCGUGGGCAAAAACGAAGCAAAAAUCACCAUCUACUCCCAAUCCUCGUGAGAUUGAGAAGGCUCUUAGUCAAUGGGAGGUCGCCAAUAUGGUUCGCAUUUUGUUUCCUCUUGUCGGUGGUGUAAUGGCCCUAGUGUCUAAGAUGUAG